AUGCACUCCCGGUACCUUGUCUCUGGUCUUCCCAGGGUUCUCCCUCCUCUCCCACCCUCGCCUGCUCCUCCCUGUCUUCCCUGUGUCGAGGGGCGGCAGCGCGCCACUCCUCACUCCUCCUCGUUCCCUCCCACAGAGGCUCCUCUGCAGACUCUCCACCUGGACGUGUGGGGCCCAGCCCGCGUCCGUGGACAGGGCCACGAGCGGUACUUCCUGCUAGUCGUCGACGACUACACGCGCUACACCACGGUCUUCCCCUUGCGCACCAAGGGUGAGGUCCCUGAUGUUUUGAUCCCUUGGAUCCGCGCUGCUCGUCUCCAGCUCCGCGACCGGUUCCAGUCGGACUUUCCAGUCCUGCGUCUGCACUCUGACAGGGGUGGUGAGUUUUCUUCUGACCUCUUGGCAGCCUACUGUGCAGAGCACGGCAUCCGCCAGGCGUUCACACUGCCGGCCUCUCCACAGCAGAAUGGGAUUGCUGAGCGCCGCAUUGGCUUAGUCAUGGAGGUCGCUCAUACCUCUAUGAUCCAUGCGGCUGCCCCCCAUUUCCUGUGGCCGUUUGCAGUGCAGUACGCUGCGCAUCAGCUCAACCUCUGGCCCCGGGUCUCUGCUCCGGAGACCUCGCCCACACUGCGUUGGACGGGGAAGGUUGGCGAUGCGUCGGUGUUCCGAGUCUGGGGAUGUCGAGCCUUUGUCCGCGAUACGUCAGCGGACAAGCUCUCCUCCCGUGCCGUUCCCUGCGUCUUUCAAGGCUUUGUCCCUUACGCGCCUGGCUGGCAGUUUUACCACCCCACCUCGCGCCGUGUCUUCCCCUCUCAGGACGUCACUUUUGACGAGUCGGUACCCUUUUACCGUCUCUUCUCCUACCGCACUGCGCCGCUCCCCCCCCCCCGCCGCUCUUCCUCACGCCAGGUAGACCCGGUCGAGCCUGUCGAGGUAGCUGUCGACUCUGGUCCUGCGAGGGGUACUGAGACUGGGGGUGCUGAGCCUGGGGGUACUGAGACUGAGGGUGCUGAGCCUAGGGGUGCUGAGCCUGGGGGUGCUGAGCCUGGGGGUGAUGAGACUGGGGGUGCUGAGACUGGGGGUGCUGAGCCCGGGGGUGCUGAGCCUGGGGUGCUGGGCCUGGGGGAGCUGAGAUUGACCGUCCUGCACCUGGUGACGCUCCCUCUUCACAGCAGCUGCGUGAGUGGUACUCUCAGCGUUACAGCCUCCAGCGUGGGGCUGCUGGAGCUGGGGGUUCUGCCGGAGUUUGAGCUGGUGGUGCUGCGGGUGCUGGGUCGCAGCCGUUGCCUCCCUCCCCACAGCGACUACGUGAGUGCCUCUGGUCCUGGAGGUGCUCGUACAGGCGGUACUGGAGCUGCUGGGACUGGGGGUUCUGCUAGAGCUGGUGCUACUGGAGGUGCUGCUGGUGCUGGAGUUGGAGCUGCAGGUGCUGGAGCUGCUGGAGCUGCGGGUGGAGCUGAGGACGCCGGGCCUACUGGAGUUGGUGUCGCUGACGACCCUGGGGUUGGUCCUCCAGGUGCUGGAGCCAACGGUGCGGCUGGAGCUGGCGCUACUUGGGGUACUGGAGUUGGCACUACUAGAGCUGCUGGUAGUACUGCUGGAGUUGGAGCUGCUGCUGGGGGUUCUGGUGCGGUCUCUACUGGUUCUGAGGGCGCUUCACGACCGCGGCCAUACUUCGUUCCGCUCCUUCAGCAGGUUCUUGGUCAGCCUCCUCCUCCUUGUCCUGCUCCCUCCUUAGAGUGUCAUCCGCCUAUCCAGUCGCAGGCACAGUUACAGCCCGCCUCGUCACUUCCUAGUCCUUCUCCCUACACUGGUCCGACAAGAGGUCUUACGGAGCGUCGUGAGCCGGAGUCUCGUCCUGUGUCGCCUGAGUCUCGUUCUACGUCACUUGUUCGUGCUGCUCGCACUGGUCGUAGUGUCCCGCGUCAGCGUCCUCCUGCUGUCCCAGGCACUCACCAGAUGACGCUUCGUCUUUCCACUGCUCCACAGCGAGUCCCUCUGCCUUCUCCUCCUGCGUCCUCUCUUCCUGCCCUUGCUGACCCGGAGUCUGACUCUCUUCGUGCUGCUAGUCCUACUAUCACGCGUCUCCUGGCCACGGCUGUCACUGACCCUUCCUUUGAGUCUGCUGCUGCGUCUGCCCUAGUUGCUGAGCUUGUCGACUUUGCUGCUCGCUGUCGUCUAGACUACGCUGCGAGUCUUGUUGCUGAGUCUGAGUCUGUCUGUCCUCCGUCCGUCGGGGGUGAGUGUGCUCUAGGCACGGACGUCCUUGAGGACAGGCAGGAGGACUUUGAGUGCUUUGCCGCUGCUGUACCUCAUCUCGUGUCCAUGCUGAUUGCACCUGAGGGAGACCCGGAUGCACUAGACAUCCCGACCCCGCGCUCUUACGCUGAGGCGAUCGCGGGUGAGUACUCCUCUCAGUGGCAGUCAGCCAUGGACGCAGAGAUGGCAUCCUGGAAGUCCACUGGCACUUACGUCGUCGAGGUUCCCCCUCCUGGGGCGAACAUCGUCAGUGGCAUGUGGAUUUUCAGGGGGAAGCGGCCGCCAGGUUCUCCGCCUGUCUUCAAGGCUCGUUACGUUGCUCGAGGCUUCAGUCAGCGAGAGGGAGUAGACUUCUUCCAGACCUUCUCCCCCACCCCGAAGAUGACCACUCUUCGGGUGCUACUGCACGUUGCCGCUCAGCGUGACUACGAGCUUCACUCUCUUGACUUCAGCACAGCUUUCUUGCAGGGCAGCCUGCACGAGGAGAUCUGGCUGCGCCGCCCUCCUGGCUUCACUGGGUCGUUUCCUCCUGGUACCCAGUGGAGCCUCCGGCGGCCGGUCUACGGUCUCCGCCACGCGCCACGUGAGUGGCACGACACACUGAGGACUACUCUUGCGGCUCUUGGGUUCGCGCCUUCUACUGCUGACCCGUCGCUGUUUCUGCGCACCGACACUUCGCUGCCGCCAUUCUACAUCCUCGUGUACGUCGACGACUUGGUCUUUGCCAUUGCUGACACUAAGGCUCUCGCCCACGUGAAGUCGGAGCUGCAGAAGAGACACACGUGCACAGACCUGGGUGAACUACGCAGCUACCUUGGCUUGCAGAUCACCCGGGACAGAGCACGCCGCACCAUCAUACUGACUCAGUCACAGAUGGUGCAGCAGGUCCUUCAGCGCUUCAGCUUCACCUGGUCCUCGGCACAGGCGACUCCUCUGGCUACAGGUCACUCGCUCUCAGCUCUGCCUUUGGAUGAGUCCGUAGAGCCGAGUGGUCCUUACCCAGAGCUAGUUGGCUGCCUCAUGUACCUGAUGACUUGGACUCGUCCUGACCUAGCGUACCCUCUUGGCCUUCUGGCCCGCUACGUGGCUCCUGCUUGCUUUGUCUUUCUUGACUGGUCUUGUGACCCCUUGUUCUCCCCCACUUAG